AACUCAAUCUAAUCCAAUUUUUGCUCAUACAACCACCGAUUAGGUUUCUGGGUUGAGGAAUGGGCCUAUUUGAGAGUAAGGAGGCCCUCCAAACUUAGCAGUGAGAAGGCCCACAAAAAUUAGGCCUAACCUCCGAGGGUCCCCAGUCCCCACAAUUCAGAAAUCUGUUGUUUCCUGUGUCUCUCCUGUGAACCGAGUCAAACCCAGAAACUGUGGUAUUGUUGGAGACUCCUUGCAGGUUGGUGGUGGAAGGAAGAGGGAAAGAGAGAGAGAAUGGGAAGGUUGGGGAGAGUGGGUGUGGUCGGGGUGGUGAUAGCAGGGAUAGUAUUGAGUAGAAGGUACGGAUUGGAGUGGGACAAAGACGCAGCUGUUGAGUUGUUCAGACAAUGGUCAGAUCGAUUGGGUUAUUGGGCGAUCCCUCUCUACGUUUCCAUACACACCCUCACCCUUGCCCUCUGCUUGCCCUCCGCCGUCUUCUUGGAAGCUGCUGCUUCUCUUCUCUUUGGGUUCCUCCCCGCCGUGCUCUGCGUCUUUUCCGCUAAGCUUCUUGGUGCUUCUCUAUCUUUCUGGAUUGGAAGGCUGAUUUUUAGGAGUUCAAGUACAGCAAUGGAGUGGGCCCAGGGAAACAAAUACUUCCAUCUGCUUUCCAGAGGAGUUGAACGAGAUGGUUGGAGAUUUGUACUUCUUGCUCGUUUCUCACCCAUUCCCUCCUAUGUCAUAAACUAUGCACUUGCUGCUACAAAAGUUGGGUUUAUUCUAGAUUUCCUGCUUCCUUCAGUUAUUGGCUGCCUGCCAAUGAUAUUACAGAACACAUCCAUCGGCAGCCUGGCUGGUGCUGCUGUUGCUACAGCAUCUGGAUCUCAGAAAUCUCAGGUUUGGUCAUAUGUUUUCCCCCUUCUUGGGAUUGUAUCAAGCAUACUCAUCUCUUUGAGAAUCAAAAAGUACUCUACUGAUAUAUCAGUGAUUCAAUCCUCUUCCAGUGAGGAUAUUCAUGACUGCAAUAACACUGUUGAGUCCUCUCAAACCUUGUCUAGAAAAGGGAACAAGAACAUGGAGAAAAGUCACUGACAAUCUGAUGUCAUUGUGAAGUUCAUCAUAUCUCAUUUUGUCACACGGUACACAAACACACAUAGAGAGCAUAGAUGCCUUCUUUCUCAAGUGCCUAGUUGAUAUAAGUUACACCAAUCAGACAUUAUUUCUAUGGGUUUACACUUUUGUGCCUCUGUUUAGUGGAUUAUUAAAAUCAAUCACUUGGACCCAACUAACAUCCUUUUUGUGUACUUCUGUGUAUGUCUAUUUGAUUAAAAGAUUAUGUACUUUUGCCACAUUCCCAUGAGGGGAUUAUGGAGAAAUCUUGCAUGAAUAUUUUAAUUUA